GAAAUGUCGUUGCCUAAAGGCCAAGACCACUGGUCCAAAGAAGACAUCGUGGAGUUACUGGAACGCAUGGAGAAUAACCUUCCAUCCAAAGACAGCAGCCACACGUUCAAAACAACCCAGUCAAAGAUGGACUGGGAAAAAGUAGCUUUUAAAGAUUUUUCUGGAGAAACGUGUAAAGUCAAAUGGUUAGAGGUAUCUUACAGCUUGAGAAAAUUUCGCACUUUGACAGAACUAGUCCUGGAAGCUAAGGAGCGUGUUCAAAAUCCCUACAAAUGCAAAAAACACAAGAAACAUCCUGACUUACCCAAGAAGCCCCUAACUGCUUACCUCCGCUUCUUCAAAGAGAAGCAGCCCCAGUACUCCCACAUGUACCCUGAGCUGAGCAGCCGGGAGCUGACCGUGCUCCUGUCUGAGGUAUACAAGAAACUCCCAGAGCAGAUGAAACGGAAAUACACUCAAGAUUUCCGGAAGGAGAAACGCGAGUUUAAGAAAAAAAUGGCUCAGUUCAGGGAAGACCACCCUGACCUAGUGGAGAAUUCCAAAGAGUCUGGUGUCCCCAAGAAGAGACAAACCACAGCCCAAAAGGAGGUCCAGGGAAAUGAGCAAGCAGCGAAGUCUCUCCCAGAAAACGACUUCUCCAAGAAGAUGAAAUUCCAUGGAGAGCCCCCAAAGCCCCCCAUGAACGGAUACCACAAGUUCUACCAGGAUUUGUGGGCCAGCAGGGAGCUGCAAGACGUGCCCCUGCGGGAGCGCAUGGUGGAGAUCGGCAGGCGCUGGCAGCGCGUCCCCCCGAGGCAGAAGGAGCGGUAUAAGGAGCAAGCUGAGGAGCUGCAGAGACAGUACAGGGCCGACAUGCAUCGCUGGCUCCAGAGUCUCUCUCCCGAAGAGUACGCUGCCUACAGAGAGCGGACCUGUACUAAGCCUAACAUGAGCACGUGGGGAGGCCCGAACCCCAAGACCACGCAGAUAGACCCACGGUCCCCAUUAGCAAGGAGUCUGCAAGAGGGGCUUGGACGGGAGCAGGGGAUGCAGGCUUCAGAGAGGGAGUCAUCAGAGACCAAUGCCUCAUUGGGGUCAGGAGAAAACAGGGAGGAGGAGGCAGAGGCGGAAGGCAGUGCCGCCUCGGCCUCCAGCAGUGGAGAUGAUGAGGACCUGGAGUCUGAGGGCGGUGACUCCAGCUCACCCUCCUCAGGACACUCCCGUGCCUCAGACUGCAGCUGA